UGGACAUCCUUCUUCUGCAUCAGGUGGAGUUGGGCUGAUGUUUUCUUCAUCCACAGAUAUCUCACUAUAAGGAAAAGUCUCUAAUCGUCAGGCAUGAAGCGACAGCUUGAUAUUUCCAUCUGCCUUACCUCAGUAUGCCGGUGCUGACGCAAGAUGUUAGAAUGUCCGGCACCCAUCUUGACACUCCUGUAUGAGAAAAAAAAGAAAGUCACAUUUUCCCCAUAAUCCUCGGCAACAAAGAAGAUAAAGAAGACGAUUAAUCAAGAACUGACGUCUAGAAAUAAACAGCAACCGUCCAAUUUCAUUUUUGGGUAUCUUGAUGCAGAAAGUCACAUUUUCCCAAUAAUCCUCGGCGACAAACAAGACGAUUAAUCAAGAACUGAGACUGAUGUCUAGAAAUAAACAGCAACCAUCCAAUUAAAUUUUUGGGUUUCUUGAUGCAGGAGCAGAAGCUAUGGCUUACGUAAAAAGUGGUUGGUUGCUUCGUCAAAGUACAAUCUUAAAGCGUUGGAAAAAGAACUGGUUUGAUCUGUGGUCCAAUGGGUGUCUGGUAUAUUAUAGUGACGAGGAACGUGAAGACAUGGAAGAUAAGAUCUACAUGCAGACAGAGUGCAUCAGCAUCAGAGUAGGAAAUGAAUGCAGAGAUCUAAACCCGCCCGAAGGAAGACAAAAGGAUUGCUGCUUGCAGAUUGUUUGCCAUGAAGGGAAACUUAUUAACCUGGUGGCUGAAAGUCCAGACGACUGCUUAGCUUGGGAGACUGCACUAAAGGAUGCCCAAACUAAAUCUAUGUUUGCGGAACAAAAUCUGCUGUAUGACGAUGCUUUUCUUGGUCCCGCUCCACCAUACACUCCAUUUGAGGCACCUCCUGCCUAUGGAUAUGAUCAGUACCCAGGGGGCUACCCAGUUUCUGGAUCACAAGUUAUCUAUACCAGAGAUGGGCAAGCAUAUGCCUCCUACCCAUAUCCCCCACAAGGAUACGGAGCACCUCCAGCCAAUCACAUCAUCAUUCGAGAACGCUACUAUGACAACGACGGGGACCUUGCAAUGGGCAUGCUUGCAGGGGCCGCUACUGGAAUGGCUCUUGGCUCUCUCUUUUGGGGAUUUUAAAUGCUCCCAUAUAAUGAUUGCAGGAUUUAUUUCAUAGGUUUCCCGUAACAUUUCCAGCUUUCCAAACAUUUCUUAGAACUACAGUCACGGAAUUCACAGAAAUGUGGAUAACAAUGUAUUUAUCGAGCAGAAACAAUAUACAAUAACUCUUCUAUGUGAUAAAUAUAUUAUUUAUUUAAUAGUCUAUAUUGGUAUUUAAGCUCAUAUGAUACACGCUAUACUACUUAUCAUUUGUAAUACAAGUGGGGCUCUGUUGUGGCUUGCACCUUCCUGCACUCCUUUAAUUGCAUUUCUAAAUAAUGAGUAAGUUAGGGAACUAGGUAAGGGCGGCACACAUCUACUUGCCUCCCCCUGCACAUCCCUCAUGAAUACAGUGUUGCCUAACACACUCAGUUUUGUAUUGGUUUGAGGGGAAGAAGUCUGCUGUCUUGUGCAGAGAUCUGUAGCAAAUUUUCAAAGGACAGAGCAUAGUGCAAAGUGCAGGAGUCAUUUGUUCCCUUUUUUGUGCUUUGUACCAGGGUCGGACUGGCCCGGUGGGACACCGGGGAAAAACUAGGUGGGCCUGGACCCUUAAUGGGCCCCCGCCGGGCCAGACCCCUCUCCUGAUUGCAUUCUACAAUGCUGAGCGGCUCCGUCAUGCAGGAACGCCGAGGGGGCUCAGUGCGUCACAGUAGGGGGGUGGGGGGAUUGGAGGGGGGCCCGGGGCCCACCUGGACUAUUGUCCAGUCUGACCCUGCUCUUUACCCUGACCUGCAAUUAGCAAAAUACCCCCUUUGUCUGUUCAUGGUUUAACUGAAAAACCAUAUAUAAUAAAGACCAGUUGCAAAUCGU